CGCUUUCUUAAAAAACUCUCCGAAAAAUAAUAAUAAAAAAAUGGAAAAUUCUGACGAAACAACAAAUACAGAAACCAAAAAAAUCAACGAAACUGAAGAGGGGCCAGGAAGUAAAUUUGAUAUUUAUUUGCAGAAUGAAUUGGUUACGGAAAGAUUGAAACUGUUAAAUUAUGAAAUUGAGUUUACUGAACUUGGAGACAGUUUAAAAACAAUACCAAGGUAA